AUGCACAAGUCCGUAAGAGUCGGAGAUUACUUUUCAAAUGAUGACAACGGUCUUUGGUCAUGGUACCUUACAAACAUCAGGAAUGGUGACUUUGAGGAGUUGACACGAAAUCAAUUAAAACAUUCACUUUUCAAAAGAUUUUUACGUACCUAUUUGGAACCUACGCUUAAUGAAAGGAAGGAUACCAAAGUCUUAAUCGUGUCCAUUCCUGAAGAUGUUCGUAGAGAUAUAACACUGUUGGAAUACUUUCUAGGCGAUUAUCUUAAUUUGGACAACAUGGAAAUUACCAAAUUAACCACUUCUCGUAUCUAUAACCAUGAAAACCAUUAUGUCGUUAUGGAUAAAGAGAAUAAUUUUAAAAACUCAAAUUUUUUACACUUUGCCAGUACCAAUAUUCAAACAGGAAAAGGUUUCACUGGUGGAGAGUUAGCUGGUACUACGGUUGCAGCACAAGCUGAGAAGAAUAUAUCACCUACAGAGUCGGCGAAAUUUAGAGCGGGACAAGGGCUGGAACCAUCGGACGAUACGGAGGGUGAUGAAGAAUCUCUGGUUUUCAAUUUUACCCAUCGUGAUCAUCAUUUAACACACCCGCUGCGAGCUAACGGCAAGGAACAAGAAGAAGCGGUAGGGGUAUCUCCAUCAUGGAAUCCCCAACAACAACAGCGAUUGCAAGAACACAAUGCUUCCAACGAUGAAAUGGCAUCGAUCGAUAGUUACAAUCUUGGGUCAAAUUCGUCACGUGUAGUGGAAAGUUUCAAGGGAGAGCCUCUUACUUUAACUAUGACUAGAACAGAAGAUUUUUCAUCAUCGGAUGAGUACGAUAGUUUGGCUUCGAGUCCUUCUUCAAGUGAUACAGAUCUCUCGUCUUUUGAGAGCUGCUCCUUGAUGUCUAUCUUACCGUCAAUUUCUAUUGCUGAUUCGUUUGGUCACUUUAGAUUGGUUCUACAAUCUGUCUUAUUCAUAAAUCCUACUAGUAAUGAAAUUUUUACAGCAAUAAGGCAAUCUAACAAUAAACCUACUAAGGCCGACGUUGAUGACGAUUGGCUUCUUUACGAUUCGCAAUUUUCCAUGCACAAUUUACAGAUGCUAACUUUACAAGAUUUAAGUGAAUUAAACAAGGGAUGUCCCAAGGUCUUGUUUUACAGUCUUGUGGAAGUAGUUGAUACACCGUCCCUGGAGGAUGCAGACACUGAGUGUGCAACUAUUUCUAACACGGCAUCCACUUCUCUAAGUAGUGCUCCAACUUCAACAUCUGUCUCGUGCGAACCUCGGGUUUUCUUCCCUUCAAAUGUGAAUGGUGAUAAUAGCGGCUGUCGCCUGGCAAAGGGUAAUACAAAUAGUUCUACCCUGGGACACAGAUCUAUCGUUACUACCAAUAGUGCUGCAGAUUGGCGGAGACAAUCAGUAGAAUCGAAUGCCUCCAUACGAAAAUAUGAUUCUACAGCAGAAACUUACAAGGGACUUAAUGCUACUCACGCUGUUGGAAUAAUGGAAAGAACACGAAGCACCCCUUUACCGACGGCUUUGAAAACAAUCAGUGGUUCCGAUCGACAACGAAAUAAAAAAUGGAAGGGGGAAUUCAAACGUCGUGGACACGGCAACGCGAUUCGUCGUUUUGCGGAUGACAAAGGCUGCAUCAUAUGCUAA